GCGCCGACCGUUGGAAACGGUGUGUCUCUGCCGCGGGGCCGGACCUUGGUGUGCUGCCUACCUGUUGUGGACUGAGCCGCGCGCACCAAGGUCCACUCUGUGAGGAACCUUUCAGCUGUCUGACACUGGUGGAGUGCCAAGGACGACAUCCAGGGUCAAUCGACAGGAGGACACACGGAAGACACACACCCAUCGCCUGGACUACGCUGAGGGCACCCGAUGCGGUGGUACUGGGCUAUUUGCUGCAGAUUCUUUCCCUGCGAGCCUAGGGAGAAAUUUACAUCGAAGACUUUUCUUAUCAUGGCUUUAGUUUACAAAUUGUUGAGUGGUUCUUAUACUCUCAGAAAAUGCCCCAAGCCACAUGUUGCCUUGUGUCCACUUUUGGAUACUCGCUUUGCUGACUAUUGUUCCAGUAGUCUUCAGAAACCAGAGGCUGCUCCAGGCAAAGCCUCCUCGCAGAAGACUGAAGAAGGUUUGCAAGAACAUCAACAGAGAGAAGUUGCUUUGGAUAUAACUUCUCCUGAGGAGAAGCCUGAAGUUAGUUUUGAUAAAGCAAUUAAAGAUGAAAUAAAGGACCAUUUUAGGCAUUUGAAGGAUGAUAUUGUGAAUCACUGGAUGGGGCCUGACUGUCGCCCUCUGCAUGAGGUCUUGCUGGAACAAGCCAGGGUUGUCUGGAAGUUUCGUGGAAAAGAAGACUUAGAUAAGUGGAUAGUGACUUCUGAUAAGACAAUUGGAGGUAGAAGUGAAGUGUUCCUGCAAAUGGGCAAGAAUAACCGAAGUGCACUGCUGUAUGGAACUCUGAGCUCAGAGGUGCCACAGGAUGGGGAAAGUGGCCGCAGUGGAUACUGUGCAAUGGUCUCCAGGAUUCCACGGGGCCCUUUUGAGACAAAGAAGUCUUAUGAUUGGUCUCAUUUCAACACUCUUUGUCUCCGUGUACGUGGAGAUGGUCGACCUUGGAUGGUGAGUAUCAGGGAGGACACGGACAUAAUCCAGAGGAAGAAUCAGAUGCACAGUUACUUCAUGUUUACCCGCGGGGGCCCUUACUGGCAGGACAUCCAGUCCCUUUUAUGGAUUAAGUCAAGCUUACAGAGGAUUAUCUUCCCAAUAGUAAAGUCAACUGAUUUGGGACCUUACUUCUGCAGUCCCUUCACAGCAGCACUGAGCUACAACGUAAAUGGUUUCUUUCAGAUUCCUUUCUCCAAAUUUUUCUUCUCUAAUCAAGGAAGAAUCCGGGAUGCCCAGUACCAGCUUCUGCUUGACAGGAUCUCUUCUAUUGGAUUCACCCUGGCUGAUAAAGUGGAUGGCCCGUUCUUCUUGGAAAUAGAUUUUAUUGGAGUGUUUACUGAUCCAGCCCAUACAGAAGAAUUUGCCUAUGAAAAUUCUCCAGAGCUUAACCCAAGACUUUUUAAGUAGAGAUCAUGUGGUAGUUUUGUAGAACUAAAGGUAAUAAUAUUUCUGAUGACACAAAAUAAAAUUAAUAGCAUCCAA